CGGCAGCAGCACGCAGAGGGACCCCGCCUCAGUGGGUCUCGCCCUUCUCUUCGGCGCUACCACUGACCUGCAGGCCAAGCACCGCAGCCGGUCUCGAGCUCUUGGUAGACGAAGCUCCAAGUAGCCUUCUCUAAUGAGGAUGUCUGAUACUGUCACUGUAAAGGAGACUAGCGCCACUAUGAGAGGUGUGGAGGCGGAGGAGAGCCACCAUGCCAGUGCCACACCGACACCAGCGGGGGGAGAAGAACCAAGCCCGACCAAGACAAACGGCAGGGAGCAGGCAGAGACCCCGCCACAGGCCAAAGCUCAAACCCAGCUCCAACCCGAGAUUCAACCAGAGAGCUUCUGCCAAGACAAGAACGAAACUCAGCGGCAAACACCGGGACAGAUGGGAAAAAGGCCCAAGUCUAACUCAAAGUUAAAGUUAGUUCGGAGCCUGGCUGUUUGCGAAGAGUCCUCUCCUCCUCCCCCUAUUACCACUGAUCUGCCUCGAGAACACAAGGAUGAAGUUGAGAUCCAGGUCUCCCAGUCAUUUGACAAAGAGGAGGUGUCACCCAUCAAGGAUGAGGAGGACAAAGGUGUGGAGAAGCUGCUAGAGAAGACUGAGAGGAUGCCCAGGAAGAUGCUGUCCAGAGAUUCCAGUCAGGAGUACACAGAUUCUACCGGGAUCGAUAUCCAUGAAUUCUUAGUAAACACAUUGAAAAACAACCCCAGGGACAGAAUGAUGCUGCUGAAGUUGGAACAGGACAUUCUCGACUUUAUCAGUAAUAACGAAAGCCAGAAGAGAAAGUUCCCUCCAAUGACCUCCUACCACAGAAUGCUGCUGCACCGCGUCGCCGCCUACUUCGGCCUAGACCACAACGUCGACCAAACCGGGAAAUCUGUAAUCAUCAACAAAACUAGCAAUACAAGAAUACCUGAUCAAAAGUUUUCAGAACACAUCAAAGACGACAAAACUGACGACUUCCAAAAGCGCUACAUUCUCAAAAGGGACAACUCCGGCUCAGACAAGGAUGACAACAUGAUGCGGAUGCGGCUGAAGGACGACCGUAGGAGUAAGUCUAUAGAGGAACGAGAGGAGGAGUACCAGAGGGCCAGAGACAGGAUAUUUGCUCAAGAUGGUCCAGAUGGCUUGGCUCUUGAAAAAAGAAAACAGGAGGAUGAUGCUUGUAACAGUACACAGCAAAGGCGGCAAAUGUUUAGGUUAAAAGAUGGCCACCCGGCCAACAGUCGCCAGAGCAGCUCUGAGAACGAACCCAAGUACUCUGACCCUCGGCCGUGGAGCAGCACAGACUCUGACAGCUCCAACCGUAACCUGAGGCCAGCCAUGACCAAGGCCAGCAGCUUCAGCGGGAUCUCUGUCCUCAUCAGGGGAGACAGCUCGAGCAGCAGCAAGAGCAUGGGUCGCCUCUCUAAGACUGGCCAGCCCUUUGUGAACCCGGAUGGCAGUGCUGUGGUAUACAACCCCAACCACAGCAUGGCUCCUCAGCAUCAACAUCAUCAGCAUCAUAAUCAGCAGGGCAGGACCCAGCAGCCCAUGCUUCCUCCUCCACACCCUCCUGGCCGCCACCAACACCAGCCCACCAAUCACAACCACGUACUCUCACAGUCUGUUCUAUCCCUUCCUCAGCAGGUCCGGCCCCUCCAGCCUUCUGCUCAGCCUGUCCAGUACUCAUCUGUCUCUUACCCACCUCAGCUGCUCUCCGUCUCCCCUAACCAACAAUACACUGUGCAAAACAACCUGGGAGCCCAGUUCAGCCACAUGAGCUUGGCCCGGCAGGUCUCUGGAGAGGGCCCAGGUCGGGACACCCACAUUGCCAUGUACCCCUCCUCCAUCGUGCUCCAGACCCCCCCUCAGCAGCAGGGCUACAUGGUGGCCCCUCCAGUCCAGCCCGUCCCGGCACCCCAGGCCUACAACACCCCCGCCCCUCCGCCUGUCAACCAGCCGGUCAUGCAGCAACAGGGCUACAUGCAGCAGCAGAUGCCAGCAUGUUACUGUGCGCCAGGCCAGUACCCCCUGUCCAACCAGCAGUACAGGCCUGUGGGCACAGUGCAGUUCAGCGCCCCACAGAGUCAGCCAAUGCCCCCGCCCACACAACAGACAGGUUACCAAACUGUGAUGCCAAAUCAGCCACAGAGCUAUCAGAGUAUGAUUGGAGUGCCACAGAGUCAGAACACUGUCAGUGGCCUGCAUAGCAAUAUGGGAAAUCAGAUGCAAGGCAUGAUGGUCCAGUAUCCCUCCAUGCCAUCUUAUCAGGUAUCCAUGCAGCCCCAAGUCUCCCAGGGUGUGCCACAGCAGACAUAUCAGCAGCCUAUCAUCAUCCCCAACCACAACCAGUCCAACCAGGGGCCCAUGCCUGGCUCUGGUGUCCAGGUCUACUACAGUGUUAUCACACCCAAUCAACAGAACACCAUGAGCUCCUCUGUUGGGUUCUUGCCUCCUCCUGGAUCAGAGCAGAUGCAGUUCCCUCGGCCGUCCUCCCCCUGCAGCUCCCAGCAGCCCCUCCAUCAGGCACAGCAGUGCUCAGGCGUUCCCCCUCCCCCAGGCGGUGGGAUGGUGAUGAUGCAGCUGACGUUGCCCCCCGGCCAGCAACCACGGCCUCACUCGCCCCCGCAGUGGAAACACAGCAAGUACUACAGUCUGGACCACACGAGAGGACAGAAGUCCACAGAGCUCUCCACCCUAGACACCUCACAGAGCAUUCCCCAGCUGGGCAGUCCCUCAACUUCCCCCGCCCAGUCGCCAACACCCUCCCACCCACACCACCUAACCAAUGUGAAGAGCAUCCGUCCAGGCCUCGCCCCCGUACCCAUGAUGCCCCAGUUCUCCAGACCCUUUAUGCCAGGGCAAGGAGAUGCGCGGUACCCGUUACUAGGGCAGGCCCUCCAGUACAACCCCCAGAUCCGUCCUCCUCUCCACGCUCCACCCAUGGUCCCCAACCAUCAGGUACACAUGGGGAUGCGGCACAGCGGUGGAGGGGGCAGAGGGAGGAAGCAGACAAGGAAAGCUCUGUCUACAGAUCUCAGUGUAGGUGAUCCAGUGAGUGGGCAAGUCCUGGAGGUGACUGACCUGCCGGGAGAGAUCAGCAGGACCGAGGUGGACUCUCUGCUAGGUGAGCUCUCCAGAGCCCGGGCUGUAGUCGGAGGGCUCCCAGAGCACCACAGCCUCCGAGAUUGGCAGUCGGGGGGCUAACGGUGUCCCCGACCCAAACCCACGGUCAAGCCCCUUGCUGACCCAGCCUUCGUCUACACCAUCCUGGCCAUGUUCCCUUCCGGAUACACUGCGCAGGACUCCCUCCUCCACCACAAUGGCCCCCAAGCCUCCUUCAGACUCACUGUGAGCAGGGGCCACAGACACCCCCUGGAGAGGGCCAGCUCCCAGUAGAGGGCGCUAAGGACCCCUGGCUUGACCUUUCACCCCUCAUCAGCACCGCCAGUCACCUCCUGUUGCCAUCACUCCCCCCAGCCCCACUCCUCACUACGUUGGCUUGUUGUUAAGGGUUGUUUUUCCACUAGAGACUUGCUUAGGGGGAUUGUGUUGUACUUUGUAAUGUUCUUACUAACGAUUUGAUGAAAAGGAACAAAAGAGCGAAACGUAACACUGAUCCGACGUGAACGAACAUUUAAAAACCACGAUUAUUGAAGUUCCAAAUAUUAUAAACCCGUCUGCUCUCUGUUUUGAGAACCGGCCGGAACAUAUCAAAAGGGCAGUCUGUAUUUUUGUUUUGUUUUAUUUUUUAAUUUGUUUUAUAGUUGUUGAAAUCUUGAGUCAGACCCAAAGCUCAUUAUUAUUCCCCAGCCCAGUUGCAGUGUCUGUCCUGGUUCCGUUUAACUCAACCAAAGCCUCCCCACACCCCAAGGGUAGCUGAUUAUCUGCCACCCU